CUCGAUGCGGAAGUUGCAUAUGUCAAGCUCGCGUCCCUUCGCUUCGGUUGAGUUGAGUUCAGCUCGAUGUCAUGAUGGAUCCGCUGUAUGCGGUUCUGGAUGAGGUGGCUCUGGAGGGUUUGGACGGGAUCAGCAUUCAGACUCUAUGGAUGAGGUUGCGGAUGCGACAGCCUGAGUUCGGUUUGAAUUUGGAUCCGCUCACACAGAACUUCAUAUGGACCUACUUGAGCCGAACACCAGAGGUCCGAUUCUACCUGAUGCCUGAACCCAGGAAACACGUCACGGUAUACGACAGGUUUGUAGAGGUGGAUCCAAACACGGGCAUUCAUAAGACGCGUCAGGUUGACCCUGAGGAUCCGUACCCAGUCAACGUGGUGACCGAUGACCCAAGCGGGAUCCAGGGAUCUUGUCUGUUCUACAAAGAGCGUACCGAUGUCACCGAACAGAUCAGAACGACCGAGCUCAAGGCACUGAUGACACUGGAUCAGAUCCAGACCCAGUUCGGUGAGAAACUGGUGAUAGUGGCUUCACAGGAGGUCCGGUAUCGAGCUCUGAUCGGGCCGGAGGGAAACUCGGAGCUGAAGCUCGCUGAUCAGACCUACUGUAUUCUGGAGAGAUUGGGCCGAGCUCGCUGGCAGGGCGAACUACAGCGAGAACUACACACAAAAGUAUUCAGAAUGGAUGCUGGUAAGAUGCAUUAUCUGAGAAGGAAGCUGGACCGAAACCGAAUGAUCACUAUACAGUCACACGUGACCCGGCUGCUAUCAGGAGGACAACAACACUCCCUGCUUCUGCUGCUGCCACGCUUUCACGUCGACAGGAGGACCAAAUAUGAUAUUCUGAUGGAGUCCACGUCUAACGUUCUGUCUGAGGCGCCCAACAAGAUGAUGGUUAUGCAGAAACUCAGACAUCAGCUGGGUGUCUGCGAGCGAACCUUCAAGCGCGUGUAUCAGUACAUGCUUGCGGCUAAGAUGGUGACCAUGUUGAGGAUUCCUCUGAGGGAGCUCGACCCGGACGGAGGACCCUUCAAAACCCUACGAGGCACGGACAUCUUCGUUCGCUGUCUGAAGCUCAUAAAGCCGUACGGACAGAAAGAUGUAGAGGAGGAUGAGGACGACGAGAACAACGAUGAAGACGGCAACGGGCCCAACAAGAGGAACGUUCUCGUGGUUCCUCGCAUCAUCGAGCGCGACAUGCUCUCACAAGCCUACGAUAUUGUGGAGUCGACCGGGACCAGAGGGAUCUCACAGUCAAUGCUACGAGGGCAACUUAACGUGGGAAGACUGGAGGGUCGAAUGGUCUGUAGAUUACUGGAGCGAAACGACAUGAUCAAAGGCUUUAUGGAGGAUGAGGGUCGCCAGAGAACCACUAAAUACAUCAGCAAACACUUUGUAGAGGAAAGUAAACUCAACCUGCAGUUCACUAAAGAGAUGCAGCGCAGUCAGGACCUGCGGGAAGCGCAUCUCAACGAGCCGGGAGCAGAGACGCCCACCGCCGGGGUCUCGCAGCUGCAGGGGCGCAAGAAAACCCAGCAGAAAGCGAAACAGCUCAAACAGUCCAAACUUCACUUUGGAAAGAGCGACACAUCUCUCAAAGAGACGUCGCUGGCUUCACCUCAAGAGUGCAAGACUGAAGCCUCAGAAAAUGCUGAAGCUGGACAAGAUGGAGAUGAUGCGUGCCCUGUACCUAACGAACACGCCCCCAUCCAGACUGUAAGCCAAUCACAUUGUGUCGAAGGCACGGAGCCAGUGGUAGAGGAAGUGCUCACGGUCAGUGAGACAAAGAAGAUGGAAGUUCAGGAGACGUACAGACUGUUGAAACGCAAGAACAUGAUCAUAGAGGCGGUGAAGUGCAGCAAGAUCAUCGAGGGCUUUUACUCUCUGCAGAAGUUAUUGACGGAGGAAGAGAAGAAAGAUGGUGUGAAUACUAAAGUGUGUAAGAAGAGUGUGAUGAGACUCAUCUGUUCACUGUCUAGACAAGGUUUAGUCAAACUCUACAGGACUAUCAUCAUACAGGAUGGAGUUCACAAGAAGGUUGAGUUUGUAGUUCAUCCCUCCAUUACACCAAAUGAUCCGCUGGUUAAAAGUACUAUUGAGCAAAUCCGUAUGCGCAUGUCCAGUUCUGUCUCUACAGCUCGUGUCGAGCCACAAGCUGACAAAGUCAAGUCUAAUACAAAGACUGUAAAAGAGAAUAAAACCUCACGAACGUCUCAAAGCAACGCCCCAAAGAAAGUGAACGAGAUGAUGGGCGUCAAACCCCUGAACUCCUUCAAACCCGUUACCAUUCCUGGAUACGGACGCUCUCUUGGAUUCCAGUCCAAAAUGCCUCGUCUGCGUAUCGUUCACUCGUUCCUGUGGUAUUUGAUUUAUGGACAUCCGCUCAGAAGAUCCAGCCAGACAGAUUCUGUUCCUGAAUCACAGACGAACCCAGAGGCUUCCAGAAGAGAUGAUCAGACCGAGGAAGACUCUGAUGUAACUCAUGAGCAACACUUUGAAGUAUACGUGAAUGAAAAUUGCUGGAAGAGAUUCAUUCCUCCGAUACCGCUACAUAAAGACUUUGGUUAUGGUUGGGCUCUCAUCAGUGAUGUUCUCGUGUCACUGCCACUCAGUGUCUUCAUGCAGAUCUGUCAAAUCAACUAUAAGGUUGAUGGUUUGGAGCAGUACCUAAAUGAUCCGAUUAGGCAGCAUUAUCUCAUCAGGUUUCUCCCUGCAGACAUUAAGAGACAGCUGCUACACAGGAGAAAGUACAUCUUCAGUUUUCACGAGAGUCUUCAGAGGUUGUGUUUCAUGGGUCUGAUGCAGUUUGGACCUACUGAGAGGUUCAUGGAGAAAGAUCAGGUGUUUGUUUAUUUGAAGACGAAGGCCACCAUCGUGGAUACGACCGUCUGUGACCCGCACUAUAACAGGGCCAUCGAGACCAUUCGGCCGUUUGAAAGGAGACGCUAUGUGUUCAAUACUGCAGAGAGCGUUGAGAAGUACUGGUUUGAUCUGCUGUGUGUUUGUCUCAACACACCGUUAGGGGUGACGCGUUCACGCUCUAAUGAGGGGAAGUCUGAAAUUCUCAUGGGACUGGAACAAUGCCCGAGAUUCCUGCAGAGCUUACAGGGUAGCACUACUGUGGUGGACGAUGGCGUUACACCGGGCGAUGGUCAGGGUGCUGGUGGACUGGACUCCAUCUUUUUCAGCCACCUGAAACGCAACUGGUCAUGGACCAGCCAUGUGGUGAAUACACAAAGACAGAACACUGACGCUAAAGGAACUCAUCAGACGGUCCGGCUCAGAAACCUGCUGUCCAAACACCCACCACCUAAACCUGCUUCACAAACCGCGGUACAGACCGAUGAUGGGACGCUGCCGCCCCCUGCUGUUGUGGAGGAGGAGGUGCACGUGAGCCAACGGCCGGCCAGCAGGAACGAGGAGGUGCGCGGAGGACGAAAACUCAAACGCAAGAGACAGAAGAAAGAGACCGGCAAACCAGUCCGCAAGAGACCGAAGAAAGAGGUUCGUGUGAGGAAACGGGUUCGUGUUCGGGAUGAGACGGAUCGCAGAGCUUUACUGCAAAUGACCAAACAAAGAGUCACAUGGACACAUUUAGAGGACAGUUUGCUGAUGUUGUGUCGAGUUACCAGUCACUUCCUCAACCGUAAGUUAAAGAAGCCGUUUGUACCGUGGUCGGUGGUUCGAGAUGUUCUCCAUGCUGAGUUUGAGUUAUCGCAGGACAAAACAUCUCUGUCUGUCAGUCGCCGCAUACGAUACAUCAUGAAGAACCCACAAACUGCCCUCAACUACAGGAUUUGUUUGGCUGAACUGUAUCAGGAUAAAGAGUUCUUGCCGAAAUUUAUGAACCGAAAUGACGACUACAGCAAUCCUGAGGUGUGUGCUGCGGAGUAUAAGGAGUUUGUAAGUGCUCUGAGGUCAAAGUUCAGCUCCAGCUGUGGUUCUAGUGAUGUCAUCAUACCAGAUACCAAAGAGGAACUUUUCAAGAAGUUUAAGGUGUACACAAUUGGAGAUGAUACAGUGAAGCACUUCAGAGAUGUUCUCAACAAGCCGGAAGACAUCCAUGUUCUUGUGUUGUUUAAUUUAAUUCAGAGCACUCUUGUUCUGACUAAUGCUCAGAUGAAGAACUAUCUGCCCUUCCAGACAUUCUGUCUGUACACACAGUAUAAAGAGCACGUUUUGACUCGGGCCUUUCAAACAUGUCGGAGGCGGGGCUUAGUAAACCGCCGCCGCCCCAUGACCAUCUACGGCAUGAAGAAGUUUCACGCCCUCCCCUUCCUGCCUAUGUCCUAUCAGCUCUCACAGCAUUACUACAAGUUCUUUACUUGGCGUUUUCCCAGCACUAUUUUUAAUGAUGCGUACGAUCUGCUCACUGCUUUAUGUGAAGGAAGCAGAAGUGACAGAAGCAGCAGCUUCUCCUUUCAGAAAGACCCUGAGAGUGAGAGAGAUGCCAGCGGAGACAAGGACAGAGAACAGAUAGAGGAGGAGCAGGCGCAGGAGCGGGUGGAGGAGCAGGCGCAGGAGCGGGUGGAGGAGCAGGCGCAGGAACGGGCGGAGGCGCCCCCUGCAGAUAGUCAGGAUAUGCUACCGUUGAGCAUGGAUGCUCCGGGUGGUGUGAGCGCCUGCUGUCUCACUCUCAUGACUCUAGGUCUGCUGACUGUAGACGUCACUAUCCCACAGCAGAUUGUGAUCAUAAACAGCAACAUGGUGGACCGCGAGAUGGUCAAGAGUUUCACAAAAGCACUGGAGGAGGAGGAAGAGGAUGAUGAGGUCGAGAGGAAGAGGAAACUAGAGAUCAAAUCUCAUCAAGCUUCUCACACCAAUUACCUGCUGAUGAGAGGAUACUGUUCACCUGGAAUCACACGUUCACAAACACACAACUCUAACACCACAGACAACAUCAUCAUCAACACUUGUACUGUUCAUGUCAAGCUCAGAGAGACGCCCAGACACACAUUCUUCACACAAGAGGCUGAUUCUCUCUCAGCGUUUUCUUUAUCCGCUCCUCCGUCUUUCCCGGCAUCAUUUACUCGUGUUUACCGCUCAACAACACUAGACCUACAGAUGUUUUUGGAGCGGUGUGUGAGUGUUUUGGAAUAUGGACCGGAGGACGUCCAGGCAGUCCAGGAGAUCAGAGAUGCUGUGCAGAAAGGGGCGGAGUUUGGCAUUGACAGACAGGACCUCUGUUUGAGCUUCAUACAUCUGGAACAGCCUGAGAACGGCCGAAAGAGAUCGCUACAACAAUAUAUACAGGAUCUGGUGGAUGGAGAGCAGCUGGUGGAGGUUGGAGCUCUCUCUCAUAGGCUGGUGUGUUUGAACGUUGCGUCUCAUUGGCUGCUGGAGAGCAAGUGUGAUGAUGCACAGAUGGAACGGGUAUCCCUGAAGAGAGGCCCCGCCCAUGACCCCGAUGAUGCCACACCUCCAGCCAAGAAGAGGCGGGCCACAGAAUCAGAUCUUCAGGAUAGCGUCUCCACAGAUGCAGCUGUCGUCAUGGAGACCGAAGCUGAGCAGCAGGUUGUUAUGGAGGAGGCGCUACCUAAAGAUGUCAGUGACGCAGAGCAGCAUACAGCAGAUGGGAAUGAGGCGGAGCUUGACCCCUCCCACUCGUACAUUAAAGUUGUUGUUACAGAUGGAGAUGAAGGAGGUGCUGCUGACCAGGAGAAAGACAGCGUGGCUUAUGAGUCUGUGAGGUUUGUCAGUCGUCCGUGGCGAGCGGUUGAUGGUUUAUUGAAUCGUCCGGUGUGUAAGGGAAUGCUGGAGUCGGUUCUCCUGCACAUCAUGAGUAAUCCAGGGAUCCGUGAGUCGCUUGUGCUCCAACAUUACAGUCAGGUUCUUCAGCCCGUCAUCAUCCUCGAACUCCUGCAGGUUUUGAUUGAUCUGGGCUGUUUAAGGAAACGCUACACCGUUCAACAACAGAAACCCUCGCUGUUCUCCAAACCCAGAACGCCAGAGGUCAAAGGUCAGACAGAGGUCAGGUUAAAGGACAUAUCAAUGGCGUUUUAUGAGCCCACAGUGGACUGCACACUCAGACUGGCACGAGUUUUUCCACAUGAGCCCAACUGGAACAAAUGGGUUCAGCUGUGUCUGCGUAUUUGACCGGACGCAUGACCCAGAGAUUUAAUCUUCUUUAUGUUUUAAAGUCAUUCACAUUUGUUGCAUAAAAUAAAAUAAAGAGAGAUUGUUUAACGUA